AUGCAGCCUCUCUCAUGGGCCAAGGUCGCCGCCGGCGCAACUGUCGACCCUACGACCGGCAUGGAGUACAGCAUCAAGCCUGCCAGAAGACGCCAAAAACUGCAGCCAGUGGCGAACAAGUGCAAUGGCAGACAUUGCAAUGCCGAUCUGUUGCGCUGUCCACUACCGCAGUGCAUUCAAAGCGUCCAGGCCCAGCUCUCCAAGAUCCAGGCUGACAAUGUCGUCCUUGCAGCAUCUUGCGACAAGCUGCUUCAAGAUAUCAAAGACCUCCGUGAGGACAUCUUCCGGGAAUGCAAAACCGACGACUUCAAAGAUGACGACAUGGAGGCUUCUCGCAUUGCUCUCGGGAAGACAUUGCGUCCAAGAGCACAAGAGGUGGAAUGUCUAUGCGUCGUCUGCGAAUUGAAAGCCGAGUCUCAACAUCAGACUCUACUCCGCCAGAGAUUUGAAGCAGCUCAGAAGCGACACACGGCAUUGAAGCAAUAUCGACGUGCAAAUGAUAAGGAGACUUUGAAGCGUAUCUCCUCAAGUGUCACGACCGGCAAGUACUUCACGCCGGUUGGGAGUCUUCAUGCUGGAGGUGUGACUGCUCUGCGACCCACACUUCAGAUGCAGACGUCGUACAAUUUUGCCGCGCUUACUACCAACUCCAUGUCCGCUCGCCCGCUGAAGAUGGGAUGGAAGGACAAGCCAAAGCCAGGUGUCAAGCAAUGA